AUGGCAAUUGGAGAGGACUACCGGGCAAAUGGAAUCGUUCUGCCACUCGGUGUGCUCCAAGAAGUGCGGACAGGCCGCAUCAAACCCGUCUUCGGCCCGGGCAUGCAAUCCGCCAUGUACAAAGCUCCCGUCGUCGGACGGAUAAAGGUCAACAAGCUCGGCUGUGAAGGCGACCAGCAAGCCUUCCACAACCACGGCGGCGUGGACAAGGCGCUUCUGCAGUACUGCUCUUCGCAUUACGACGAUUGGAGGGACGAGCUCAUACAUAUAUGGCUGGGGUGCAAUAUGCAGCAACGCCACGACGGCAAGGACCCCGACCAAUUAAGCAACCAAUCAACCUCAUGGGCCCAGAAAUGGUCAGCCGUAAGGACAGCCUGA